AUUCUCAACCAAUUGUCAAAACGACCAGCGCAACAAAAACAAAACCUGUGACUCAUUCCGAUAGAAUAACAUUUUUACUUCAACGAUUCAUACCUAUAUGCAAAAAGUUUACCACUAAAUAGUGCGGUUCAAUUAAUCUCAACCAUGUUUUCAAGUGCGCCCAACUAUUCGAAGCUGAAGACGAAUCUCCGUCUGGCACUCAAUCGACUAAAGUUGCUCGAGAAGAAAAAAACGGAACUGGCUCAGAAAGCACGCAAGGAAAUCGCAGAUUAUCUGAUGGCCGGAAAACCCGAACGUGCCAAGAUCCGGGUGGAGCACAUCAUCCGUGAGGACUAUCUGGUAGAAGCGAUGGAGAUUGUGGAGAUGUACUGUGAUUUGAUACUCGCGCGGUUUGGCCUUGUGACGCAGAUGAAGGAACUGGACGAAGGCAUUGAGGAGGCGGUGAGCAGCAUCAUCUGGGUGGCACCUCGAUUGCAGGCCGAUGUGCAGGAAUUGAAGCUCUGUUCGGACAUAUUCACGCUGAAGUAUGGCCAAAAGUAUGCGGAGCAGGUGCGAGCCGCCAUUCCUCCGCACAAGAUAUCGGAUAAGCUGAUGCAUAAGCUGGCCAUACAGGCCCCACCGAAGCUACUGGUGGAGAAGUAUCUGAUUGAGAUUGCAAAAAUUUUCAACGUCGAGUACGAACCGGAUCCGCUUGUGAUGAAGGAUGACCGAUCCAACGUUCUGGAUGCCGAAGAUAGUGUGCUGAUCGAUCUGGCAGAUAAAAACAACCUGGACGGUUCUUCGUCGGGGGGCGCAGGUGCAUCUGGUGGUAAUGGACAAAACAGAGGCGGAGGUGGUGGUGGCGGCGGUGGAGGGGCAGUGGCCUCAUCAUCAAAUGUAGGAUUUGUAGCAUAUCCUCCGCCAAUCCCACAGCUACCCAUAGUUCCACCGACCGUUCCGUUCCAGUACCCGGCUGGCCCUAGUGGUCAAAACUUUGGUGGAGCAUCAGCUCCAGCACCGUUCAAUUACAACAUACCGCCCAAUUCAUCGGAGAAGGAGGAAAUCAAGGAUUUGAAUAUUAACGCAAACUUUAUAAACGAAGAAAAGGGAGCAAGCGAUAACAGCGGUCCACCGCCGUCAUAUUCAUCUCUCAGUCCGGAUGACAACAUGCAGAACUCAACCAAACCUAAACCUCAGCCACGGUCAAAGUUUUCGCCGGAACUAAACUUCCCUCCAUUACCGAACGUGCCAAUGGAUCUGCCGGAAGUACCGGACGGCGACGAGAACAAGAACGAUAACGAUGAGAUCGAUUUCGACGAUUUGUCUCGUCGGUUUGAGGAGCUGAAGCGGAAGAAGUGAGUACCGGUAUGUGCAGUUCCACCCAAAUCGUGUAUAUGCGUCUCAUAGCUUUACCGUUCGAUCGAAUCGGAAGGGCAAUACAUAUUCUUUGAACUUCACUGUAACGAAGUUACUCCGCCGUUGUGUACGUUAGGUUGUAUAAUUUUACAUGUAUUGUUUUCACUUCUUUGUACUAAUUAAUUGUGCGAACAACGGCAAUGAUGUAUUAACAAUAAGCUUAAAUAAAAUCAUCAUUAAGAUGUGAAAA